GGUGGAAUGUUCUGUCAGAGAUAUCUCUGGUUCUGUUCAUGAUGUUAUGAGACGAGUUUCCUGUGUGCCGAGCUCUCAUUCAGUAGUGAUUCGAUUCUAUUCUACUUCCUCCAUAAAGUAGCUAGGACGGGCGUUUCACAGCUAGCACAAGUGUUUGCGCGAAAGAAAGAUGGCAGUGAACUUAAGUAAAAACGGAAUUUCCCUGACAAAUGCUUACAAAGAGGUUGUAGAUGAGAAAUCCAACACCAACUGGGCCUUGUUCACCUACGAGGGGAACACUAAUGAUAUACGAUUGGCAGAGAAGGGAGAUGGUGGACUGGAGGAACUYGUGGAGGAACUUAGCAGCGGUAAAAUAAUGUACGCUUUCUGCCGUGUCGAGGACCCAAACUCUGGCCUGUGCAAAUACGUCCUGAUCAACUGGACUGGAGAAGGUGUGAAAGACGCCAGGAAAGGACUAUGUGCCAAUCAUGUCAGCUCCAUAGCUAAUUUUCUCAAGGGAGCCCAUGUCACAAUAAACGCCCGUGCAGAGGAGGAUGUGGAACCUGAGGCUAUUAUGCAAAAGGUGGCCAAUGCAUCAGGGGCCAACUACAGCUUCCACAAAGAGUCCAACAAGUUCCGAGACGCUGGUCCCCAGGGACCUGUGGGCUCUGUGUAUCAGAAGACCAACGCCAUGUCUGAAAUCAAACGGACCAAUAAAGACAACUUCUGGGCGCAGGCAGAGAAAGAUGAGGAGAAGCGGCAGCGGGAGGAGCGCAGCAAGGCAGACGAAGAGCGCCAGAAGCUGGAGAAAGAUCGGAAGGAUCGAGAGGUCAAGGAGGCAACUCUCAGAGAGAAUAGAGACAAGGAGAGGGCCUCUAUGAUUGACCAGCAGAAGAAGUUCCAGCAGCAGCAGGAAGCUGAGAGCAGAGACAAUGAAAAACAACAAUGGGAGGAGCAGGAGAAGGACUUCCAGGCAGCUCAGAAGAAAGGGAUGAAGCGUGGUGAAUCUGUGGAGAAAGCCAAUGAGGCGGCCUCCCUGAUCUCCCAGCGCUCUAUGAACCCCAGAGAGAUGUUCAAGCAGAGAGAGAAGGGCAUGGCCCCCAGCGCUGCAGACACCGACACCCCUGCUGCUGCCCACACCCCUGCCAGCCCCCAGCCAGGGCGUUUGAACAGCCCUUUUCUCUCUAAGCAACCAUGCGAGCCUGAGCCGUCCCGCUUGCCCCUGCGCCAAGCCUCCCCUCUGCCAGCAGGCUCCGCCUCUCCUGUCCCUGCUGCAGAACCCAAUGUGGAUGAGCCCGUUGUGGAUGAAUCCACUCCCAGUGUGGGUGAGCCAUGCCAGUCUGAGUGCUUGGAUGAGCAGGAUGCAACCCCUGAGGAUCAGUGGCAAGAUGAAGUAAAGGCAACGGCAGCUCCCACUGAGCACAACCAUGCCACAGAGCCAGCCCAAAACAACCUCUAUGAGGAGCCCCCAGAGGUGGAAGAGAACACGAAUGAGGUGGCUGCAAAGAAGACCGACCGAGGCGUCUGUGCCAGAGCUCUAUACGACUACCAAGCUGCUGAUGAGACAGAGAUUUCCUUCGAUCCUGAUGACAUCCUCAAUGGCAUCGAGAUGAUUGACGAGGGCUGGUGGCGGGGCUAUGGCCCAGAUGGUCAUUUUGGAAUGUUCCCAGCCAAUUACGUGGAGCUGGUCUAAGUCCAUACCUUGCCCGCUCACUAGAUCAGCAUAUAGGAGGCAGAAGAGAACACCCCCCCCCCAGAAGAAUUUGGCAGUAGGAAAACUGCUAGCUCCAGAACACAGCAUGUCAGAAGUAACUCAACAGUGAACUUUUCAGAGUCAAUUGCUGAACUGUAUCCUUCACAUMAUGGACCAAUGUAUGAACAGUGACCAGGGGGUGCUCAAAUCUAUCCCUGUUGAAGAGAGAAAUUCCAUUAUUUCAUUUAUGUUGUGAGAACUUAGGUGGCAUUGUUUAGGUUUUGAUGAAAACCCAUAUACUGGCCAAUCCCAAACUGAAUCUCUUACCUUCUGUGAUGCAGUAAAUUGUCAGCCUUUUUUUAAUGUUUCAAUUCAAGAUUCCAUUGUGAACAUUAAUAGCACUUGUACAUCACUUAUCUUAAAGUGAAGCCAGUUUUGUUCCAGGUGUACUUUUUUUUUGUUAUUUGUAUCAUUCACUCAUGUCAUGUUCAGGAUAAUAACAUUUCAUAGCUCACAUAACGGUACCAAAUAUCAUUUUUUUGCCUUUUCCUUAGACUGACGUUUUAUGUGAGUUUGCUUAAAUAAUCCUGCMUGAAUUUCAAACCAUAGUUUGGUAUUGCAGUUGAAUAUUUGAAAACCAAAAUGUCCUAUAUUUGCUGUGCUCUCCUGUGUGGCUGAAUUCAAGAAAAGAUGGGGGUGAAAAUGACACAUUCAUCAUAUCCUUGUGCAAAAGUAUUAUUAUUUUUUAAAUAUGUAAUGAUUAUGCUACAGAGCUUGUCCACAUACCCUCCCUCCCUGCCCUCUUUAGUCCCUAGAGAAUUUUAAUGACUGACUGUUUCAGGGACCAGUUACACGAAACAAGGCAAGAGUAAUCUUUCCUCUCGUGUUGUUGAAUCGUCUUGUCAUUAUCUGUGUCUUGGGUACAAUUUGUCUCUGCUUAACCUGUCUUUCACAGUCCAGCUUCCAUCAAAAUGCAGGUCUGUGAAUGGCUUAAUUUAGCAGGCUUAAGAGAGCCAUGAUCAGAUGCUGUUAUCAUGUGAGACUGCCAAAUGAGGGUAAAGGAGUGGGGUGAUGAUGCUGUCCUCUGGAAAGUGCUUUCUCUAAUUCUAAUCUGUGUGGAAACUUCAUAACUGUUAUGCAACUUCCCUGCUUUUUAACUUAUAAUGAAAUCAUUGCAAUAAAAAGUUUGUGGGACAUUGUCACUUUAAAUAAAGAUUAAGAAAUUUAAAAAGGGUCACUGUAAUUUCAAGGUGCAUGAUGUAUCCGUUGGCCUUGUUUUUCAAGAGUAUAUUGUAAUGCAAAUACUUUCGUCAUAAUUAAAGAGUUCAAGUAAAAUGUG